GAAGGCGGCAUCAGGGGCUGGUUUGUUGACUCGGGCUCGAACCCGCGGCUCCUCUGCCUCAGUUGCUCUCGUUAAUAAUGUAACACGACAAUAAUGCAACUGUCCCCGCGGCUGUAGCCCACACGUCCCCCCGGCUCCAGGACACCACGUCCCCGCUGAGGAAGUCAGGAGGAGUGGGUUGCUAGCGGAGCAGCGCUGCGUAGCUCGAAGCUAGCAGCUAGCGUUAGCCGAAGUUACGAGAUUGACAAGCUCGACUGCUGAAGUUCCUCCGGGGAGAGAUGGGCGACGCGGGGCGGACCGGGGACCGCUGGAGCAGCAGGCCGGUGGGCUGAGUGCGACAUGGGCACAUGGACGAUGCUCCCCCGGGUGGAUUUUAACCGUUAACCCGCUGUUGUGUGCACAGCCGGCCGCGGUGAACACUGAUCCGCGAGGGGGGCGAGCAGCUGUCAAACUCCCCCGUCCUGGCCGCUGCGCUAGCUUAGGAGGCUAGCAGCUAGUUAGCAGCGAGCUAGCUAGCCGGGGCUCACACAGACACACACACCAAAGUUCAAUGCGUGUUGUUGAUGGCCUCCCAGCUCGCCAUGGACGCUGUGACCGAGACAUUCGCUGUGGUGCACCAGAACGGGAACGCCCACCGGGAUUCUCCAGACACAAGACCGGCCGCUGCUGUUCUGAGGCUUCACUUCUACCACAGCAGCCAGGGAGGGGUUGACUGCAGCCUGCUCAGCUACCCACCUGGGGACUAUGUGGCUGAAGAGCUGUGUAUAGACGCAGCCAAGGCAUGCAGUAUUUCACCUCUGUACUGCAGCCUGUUCGGCCUCUACCGAGAGAGCGACUGCUUGUGGUUUUCACCGAACCACAUCUUUCAGCUCAACGAAUCGGCCUCGGAAGAUGUGUUUUUCAGAAUAAGGUACUACUUCCCUGGCUGGUACAGUGGUGGGGCAUCUCGAGCAUAUCGGCACGGUGUUGCCAAGGGCUCAGAAAGCCCCGUGCUUGAUGACUUUGUAAUGUCCUACCUCUUCUGUCAGUGGAGGAAUGACUUUGUGAACGGCUCUGUGAAGAUCCCUAACUCCCAUGAGACUCAGGAAGAGUGCCUCGGCUUGGCUGUACUCGAUAUGACGAGGACAGCCAAGGAAAGACAGAUGUCGCCGCUGGACAUUUAUCACACUACAAGCUACAAGUCCUUUCUGCCAAAGGACAUGAGAGCUCAGAUCGAGGACUGCAACUUCCUCACACGUAAGCGAAUCCGCUUUCGCUUCAAGCGCUUCAUUCAGCAGUUCAGUCAGUGUCGGACCACAGCGCGGGAUCUCAAGCUGAAGUACCUCAUCAGCAUGGAGGCCCUGGAGAAGGGCUUCUACACAGAGACCUUCCAGGUCAGAGAGCUUAAGAGGGGACAGGUCUUCAUCCUGGUGGCAGCAGACACUGGCGUCCAGUGGUGUCGAGAGAAGUUGAAAGAUUCUGAUGAGGAGCUGCAGACUUUUUCUGAUUUCCCAGAUGUCACUGACAUCAGCAUCAAACUGGCGAGCAAGGAGGGCGCUACCGAGGGUCGUGUGGUCACCAUCAACACACAAGAUGGAAAGAAUAUGGAGCUGGAGUUUUCCAGUUUGUCUGAAGCGCUGUCCUUUGUGUCCCUGGUUGACGGCUACUAUCGGCUGACUGCAGACGCACAUCACUACCUAUGUAAAGAAGUGGCACCUCCGAGGCUUGUGGAGGUCAUCGCGUCUCACUGCCACGGCUCGAUUUCAAUGGAGUUUGCCAUCAGCCGACUUCAGAAGUGUGGAAACAAGCAGGGCCUUUACAUUUUGAGAUGCAGCCCAAAAGACUUCAACAAGUAUUUCCUGACUUUCCCUGUUGAGGUCUUCAACACUGUUGAAUACAAGCACUGCCUGAUAACCAAGUCUGCCAGUCGGGAGUUCAACCUCAGCGGAGCCAAAAGAAACUUCAGUAGCCUUCAGGAACUACUCAGCUGUUACCAAAAGGAAACUGUGCGCUCAGACAGCGUCAUUUUCCAGUUCAGCAAGUGCUGUCCACCAAACGCCAAAGAAAAGUCCUGCCUGCUUGUGUGCCGGAGCAACAAGGGCUCAGAAGUGCCUCUGUCUCCCUCACUGCAUCGACACAACAUCAAUCAAAUGGUGUUUCACAAGAUCAGGAAAGAAGAUCUGGACUUUAUGGAGAGUCUCGGUCAAGGGACAUUGACGAAGAUCUUCAAAGGAGUCCGCAAGGAGCUGACGGACUAUGGACAAGUGCACCAAACAGAAGUUGUCAUGAAAGUGCUGGACCAGACUCAGAGGAAUUACUCUGAGUCUUUCUUUGAAGCUGCCAGCAUGAUGAGUCAGUUGUCCCACAAGCACCUGAUCUUUAACUACGGCGUGUGUGUCUGUGGAGAAGAGAACAUCAUGGUGCAGGAGUAUGGGAAGUUUGGCUCCAUGGACACUUACUUGAAGAAGAACAAGAAUUCUAUAAACAUCCUGUGGAAGCUUGAAGUGGCAAAGCAGCUGGCCUGGGCCAUGAACUUCCUGGAAGAAAAGCUACUUGUCCAUGGGAACGUGUGCGCUAAAAAUGUUCUUCUGAUCCGAGAGGAGGACCGAAGGUCUGGAAACACGCCUUUCAUUAAACUGACUGAUCCUGGUAUCAGCAUCACUGUCCUGCCCAAAGAAGUCCUGAUCGAGAGGAUCCCCUGGGUUCCCCCUGAGUGUAUCGAGGAUCCUGCCAAACUGAGCCUGGCUGCAGACAAGUGGAGCUUUGGCACAACUCUCUGGGAAAUCUGCAGUGGGGGGGAGAGACCUUUAGCAACGCUUGACAGCUCCAAGAAAACCCUGUUCUACGAGGACCGCCACCACCUCCCUGCCCCAAAGUGGACUGAGCUGGCCAAUCUGAUUACAAGCUGCAUGGACUACGAGCCCAUGUUCAGGCCAACGUUCCGCGCCGUCAUCCGUGACCUCCACAGCCUUUUCACGCCAGACUACGAGAUGAUCGUGGACGUUGACAUCCUGCCGAACAGAACACCGGCCUCUGCCUGGUCGACGGGGGGCUCGGAGAAUCCGGAGCCAGCUCAGUUUGAAGAGAGACACCUGAUCUUCUUACAGCAAUUGGGCAAGGGAAACUUUGGCAGUGUGGAGAUGUGUCGAUACGACCCACUUCAGGACAACACUGGAGAGGUGGUGGCCGUGAAGAAACUGCAGCACAGCACCACAGAGCACAUACGAGACUUUGAGCGAGAGAUCGAGAUCCUGAAGUCUCUGCAGCACGAGAACAUCGUUCAAUAUAAAGGCGUCUGCUACAGUGCAGGACGAAGAAAUCUCCGUCUCAUCAUGGAAUAUCUUCCUUUCGGGAGCCUGCGGGAUUACCUCAUGAAAAACAGGGAGAGGAUCGACCACAAGAAGCUCAUCCAUUACACGUCUCAGAUCUGCAAGGGCAUGGAGUACCUGUCCAGUAAGCGCUACAUCCACAGAGACCUGGCAACGAGAAACAUCCUCGUGGAGAGUGAGACGAGGGUGAAGAUUGGAGAUUUCGGCCUCACCAAAGUUCUGCCUCAGGACAAAGAGUACUACAUGGUCAAAGAGCCGGGAGAGAGCCCCAUAUUCUGGUAUGCUCCAGAGUCGCUGACUGAGAGCAAGUUCUCUGUAGCGUCGGACGUGUGGAGCUUCGGAGUUGUGCUCUACGAGCUCUUCACCCACAGCGACAAGAUGUGCAGCCCGCCUGCAGUGUUCAUGUCGAUGAUGGGCAACGAUAAGCAGGGACAGUUGAUUGUCUAUCACCUCAUUGAACUCCUUAAAUCAGGCAGCAGGCUGCCUCAACCCCUGGGAUGUCCCACAGAGAUCCAUGAGGUCAUGGAGGAGUGCUGGGACAACGACCCCUGCCUGCGUCCGUCUUUCAAAGAGCUCGCCCUGCGUGUCGACCUGUUCAGGGACAGUAAGGAGUUGUAGAGUUCACCCGAAGUGCCCUGCUCCUCUUCAGCCGCGUGGGCAAAGGGACAAGACGAGCUCCUUCUCGUGCUGAGUGCCAGAGCAGUUUGUGAUUAGAAGAGUGAUGGUUCAAAACCAGGACCAGCUCAAAAACUUCUGCCAAGGUGUCUUUAUGCAAGGCACUCAACUCAGUUUAGUUUUUUUCUGAGUGGUGGCCAGCAGAAAACAAACGGAGGCUUGGAUGUGAUGAUCUGUUGAAGGUGGUUCCCUCAAACAUCCUUGAUGAACUUUUUAAGAAGAAUAAAAGCGUCUUUUGGAGACUUGGAGUAGAUUAUUGCCAGCUCGGAAGCUAAAGAUGCUUGUGUCAAACAAGUUCUGCAUGUGUGUCUGUGUGAGUGUGUUUGAGUGAGUGUGUGUCUGUGUGUGUGAGUGAGUGUGUAAGUGUGUGUUUUGUCCGUACAAACAGCUAGCAGGGCUAGCUCUCGUCUUGAAGAGGAAUGGACUGAUAGAGCUCUGUGUGUGUGUGUGCGUGUGCGUGUACAUACUGACAGUAUAUUUGUGUACAUAUGUUCAGAAAUUUUUUAUAAUUUUUAUAAAAUGAAAAUAUCGUAAAUACUACAUUUGAGAACUGCCAAGGUGUCAGUGUAAAUGAAGCGCAUACAAAGUGAUUUAAAGAUCCAACAUUGUUUUAUGUUUUAUCGUGAGAGGUGGUGUGAAAAAUAAAGACGUUGAAUUCA